GGACGAGAAUAGGAAGGAGGGACGGGGUCGGGAUGGAGGGGGCUGCGAGGGAGAAGAAAGCGCCGAGGAAGAGAAGCUGACGGGCUCCCUGAAAAAAACAGUAACAUACCCCUGUGGUUAUCAUCAUGCCCUCUGACCUGGCCAAGAAGAAGGCAGCUAAAAAGAAGGAAGCUGCCAAAGCUCGACAGCGGCCCAGAAAGGGACAUGAAGAAAACGGAGAUGCUGUUACAGAACCACAGGUGGCAGAGGAGAAAAAUGAGGAGGCCAAUGGCAGAGACACCACAGAAGUGGAUUUGCUGACCAAGGAGCUAGAGGACUUUGAGAUGAAGAAAGCUGCUGCUCGAGCUGUCACUGGCGUUCUGGCCUCUCACCCCAACAGUACUGAUGUCCACAUUAUCAACCUCUCACUCACCUUUCAUGGUCAAGAACUGCUCAGUGACACCAAACUGGAAUUAAACUCAGGCCGUCGUUAUGGCCUCAUUGGCUUAAAUGGAAUUGGAAAGUCCAUGCUGCUCUCUGCUAUCGGGAAACGUGAAGUGCCCAUCCCUGAGCACAUUGACAUCUACCAUCUGACUCGUGAGAUGCCCCCUAGUGACAAGACACCCUUGCAGUGUGUGAUGGAGGUCGACACAGAGCGAGCCAUGCUGGAGAGAGAAGCUGAGAGGCUGGCUCACGAGGACGCGGAGUGUGAGAAGCUCAUGGAGCUCUAUGAGCGCCUGGAGGAGUUGGAUGCCGACAAGGCGGAGAUGAGGGCCUCACGGAUCUUGCACGGACUGGGUUUCACACCUGCUAUGCAGCGCAAGAAGCUAAAAGACUUCAGUGGGGGCUGGAGGAUGAGGGUUGCCCUUGCCAGAGCCCUCUUUAUUCGGCCCUUCAUGUUGCUCCUGGAUGAGCCCACCAACCACCUGGACCUAGAUGCUUGUGUGUGGUUGGAAGAAGAACUGAAAACUUUUAAGCGCAUCCUGGUCCUUGUCUCCCAUUCCCAGGAUUUUCUGAAUGGUGUCUGUACCAACAUCAUUCACAUGCACAACAAGAAACUAAAGUAUUAUACGGGUAAUUAUGAUCAGUAUGUGAAGACCCGGCUGGAGCUGGAGGAGAACCAAAUGAAGAGGUUUCACUGGGAGCAAGAUCAGAUUGCGCACAUGAAGAACUACAUUGCUAGAUUUGGUCAUGGCAGUGCCAAAUUGGCACGGCAGGCCCAGAGCAAGGAGAAGACACUACAGAAAAUGAUGGCAUCAGGACUGACAGAAAGGGUCGUGAGCGACAAGACACUGUCAUUUUAUUUCCCACCGUGUGGCAAGAUCCCCCCACCCGUCAUUAUGGUGCAAAAUGUGAGCUUCAAGUAUACAAAAGAUGGGCCUUGCAUCUACAAUAAUCUAGAAUUUGGUAUUGACCUCGACACACGAGUAGCUCUGGUAGGGCCCAAUGGAGCUGGGAAAUCAACUCUUCUGAAGCUGCUAACUGGAGAGCUACUACCCACAGAUGGGAUGAUCCGGAAACACUCCCAUGUCAAGAUAGGGCGUUACCAUCAGCAUUUACAGGAGCAGCUAGACUUAGAUCUCUCGCCUUUGGAGUACAUGAUGAAGUGCUACCCAGAGAUCAAGGAGAAGGAAGAAAUGAGGAAGAUCAUUGGGCGAUACGGUCUCACCGGGAAACAACAGGUGAGUCCAAUCCGGAACCUGUCGGACGGGCAGAAGUGCCGAGUGUGUCUGGCCUGGCUGGCCUGGCAGAACCCCCACAUGCUCUUCCUGGACGAGCCCACCAAUCAUCUGGACAUUGAGACCAUUGACGCACUGGCAGAUGCCAUCAAUGAGUUUGAGGGUGGGAUGAUGCUGGUCAGCCAUGACUUCAGACUCAUUCAGCAGGUUGCACAGGAAAUUUGGGUCUGUGAGAAGCAGACAAUCACCAAGUGGCCUGGAGACAUCCUGGCCUACAAGGAGCACCUCAAGUCCAAGCUGGUAGAUGAGGAGCCCCAGCUCACCAAGAGGACCCACAAUGUGUGAGCCCUCUGCCCAGACUUGGGUCAGGAGCUCCAUCUGGGGACUGACAUCUGCUACCCUGGCCAGCC